GAAUGGGUCAACGUCAGGAGUCGGGUGUGAAACGGGGUCGCCGGUGGUGUAGUCUAGGCUACGGUAGACGGUCGCUUGGUGUUCGAGGGGACAGACGCACUUGGCGAGUAUAACGCGUUAGGUAAGCGUUACGCAAAACGUCUAAUCGGGCACAUCAAGAUAAAGCAUCAUACAGUAAUGCUAGAAUAUGAUGAUAAUUUCGCAGUGUAGCCUGAUCGGAAAAACUAAGGUUUACUUUCGUAGUCGUGGUUCCAAAGCGUAAAUUAUGUAUCUUAGCUUGUGCCACGAACUUAUAACGGAUAUAAUUUUUUUCCAUUGUAUUUUUGAAGACGGACUUCAAACGCCAUCUCCUAAUUGACAGUAUCAUUACCACUGGUGUAAGGAGAUGAGCUUGGAGACACUGGACAGCUAGUUAUGGGAUAUCUCGUACCCUGGGAUAUGUUGCUUCCUCCACUUAGGGUGGAAUAGGACAUUUUACAUCCACUCUUUCCCUUCAGGGAACAUGCACUACCGUCACGUAACCCUGCCCUACAAAACACAGGAUGUCAAAACUGGAAAAUGGAAUCAAAGAAAAUGUCUCUCCCAGAGAGAGGUUGCCUUGAACACCUUGCGUUUCAUGAUUCAUCCGGAGCUGCAUGCACACCCAAGUCAGGAGAAUGGUCUUCCAGCCUGAUGAGGAUUGAUGAGGAUGCUGUUAUUUGAUGCUUUGGUUCUGAUGCAGCCUCCCUCCAAGCAAUGAGGUGAUUGAGCACGUCCACUAUCCACUCACACCCCCCCCCCCCACCCCUCCACCCCCCUCCCCCGAGCCAUGGAUCUGAUGAACUUCACCAUGGUCAUCGACAGUGGAUUAUUGGACGACGCCUCCUCCGGCCGCGUCCUCACUGGCUGCUUCCUCUCUCUGCUCAUCCUCACCACGCUGCUGGGCAACACCUUGGUUUGCGUCGCCGUCACCAAGUUCCGCCACCUGCGCUCCAAGGUCACCAACUUCUUUGUGAUCUCGCUGGCUGUGUCGGACCUGCUGGUGGCCAUCUUGGUGAUGCCGUGGAAGGCAGUAACUGAGAUCAUAGGCUUCUGGCCGUUCGGCUCUUUCUGCGACACCUGGGUGGCGUUCGACAUCAUGUGCUCCACGGCCUCCAUCUUGAACCUGUGUGUCAUCAGCGUGGACCGCUACUGGGCCAUCUCCAGCCCGUUCCGCUACGAGAGGAAGAUGACUCCUCGAGUGGCGUUUGUGAUGAUCAGCGUAGCCUGGACGCUGUCCGUCCUCAUCUCCUUCAUCCCCGUCCAGCUCAACUGGCACAAGGCCCAGACCAAAGCCUCCAUCCUGGACCCUGCUGGCUCUGCGGGCCCCCUGGGGCCCAACGGCACAGCUGGGGCCCUGGGGCCCGAGAACUGCGACUCCAGCCUCAACCGGACCUACGCCAUCUCCACCUCCCUCAUCAGCUUCUACAUCCCCGUGGGCAUCAUGGUGGCCACCUACACCCAGAUCUACCGCAUCGCCCACAGGCAGAUCCGUCGAAUCUCGGCCCUGGAGCGAGCGGCGGAGAGCGCCAAGAACCGCCACAACAGCAUGGGCGGAGACUCCAGCAUCGGCGAGUCGGAGAGCUCCUUCAAGAUGACGUUCAAGCGCGAGACCAAGGUGCUGAAGACGCUGUCGGUCAUCAUGGGAGUGUUUGUGUGCUGUUGGCUGCCCUUCUUCAUCCUCAACUGCAUGGUGCCCUUCUGCGAGCCGUCGCCCUCCGGCCACGGGGGGUCCUUCCCUUGCAUCAGCCCCACCACCUUCAACGUGUUUGUGUGGUGCGGCUGGGCCAACUCCUCACUCAACCCCAUCAUCUAUGCCUUCAACGCCGACUUCAGAAAGGCCUUCUCCAUCCUCCUCGGCUGCCACAGGCUGUGUCCGGGAGUGCACGGCUUUGAGACGACUAGUCUGAACAAGAACUGACUCGGCGCUUCUCAGGCGGGCUUCAGCCUCGGCACACAAGGUUGUAUUAUUGUCGGCAUCCUACCCCCCCCCC